AUGAGCGCAACAAAGAAGACGCCAAAAGGCAGCAGCGCGAAGGAGUCCGCGUCGGCCAAGUAUGAGCUGAGGGAUAUCGUGCUAGGCAAGAUGCGCGGCUUCCCUCCUUGGCCUGGUAUGGUCGUUGACCCCGAGUCGGUCGGGCCCGCCGUCUCGAAGGAGAAACCGCAGAACAAAAAACAGACGUUUUAUUGCGUCAAGUUCUUCCCCAAGGGCGACCACGCCUGGCUAGUCCCAAAAGACAUGUCCCGCCUCCAAACCCACGAGAUCCAAGCCUACCUGAACGAACCCAGCAAACGGUCUGGCGAACUCCUCACGGGCUACAAAAUCGCUCUCGACCCCACAAAAUGGGAAGAAGAAAUUGCCACUGUGGCAGAGAACGAGGAAGUCGACCAGCUCGGUGAUGACGACGAAGAUGGUGAGCCCGAGGCCGAAGAGGAUGAGAGUCUAGGCAUCGAGAGCAACGAGCGAGAUGUGGAGAUGGAAGCGAGUGGAAAGAAGGUUGCGGGUAAGAAGAGGAAGAGAGAGACGGAGAAGAAGGGUGCUGCGACGAAGGGGAGAGCUGUGAAGAAGGAGAAAAAGGAGAGUGCGGAGCCAAAGGAGAAGAAAGAACCUGCAACGAAGAAGGGCGGCGCGAAGAAGGGGACGAAGAGUAAGGCGAUGGUCGAGAGUGAAGACGAAGGGGAGAAGGGUGAGAAGGCUGCUACCGCUAGUGGAGAGGGCGCUGGCACCGUUGAGGGAGAUGACGCGGGCCCCAGCAAGGUCGCCAGCCCGCCAGCGAAGAAGGCGAAGAAGGAUGACGAUCCGAUGGCCUCAGAUCCUGAGGCGCUUAAAGUUAGAGAAUGGAGACAUCGACUCCAGAAGACCUUCCUCACCGAUGCGAAGGAGCCCAAACCGGAGGAUAUGCCAGCAUGCGACGAGCUGUUUACCACCAUCGAACAGUAUGACAAUAUGAACAUCGGUUACCUCCAAUUCUCCAAAAUCGGCAAGGUCAUGCGCCACAUUUUCAUGCAACCGCCACAGAAGAUCCCCCGGGACGACGAAUUCAAGUUCCGCGAUCGCGCUAACGUCCUCGUCGAGAAGUGGCACGGACUGGUCAACGCUAACAAGGAGCCCGCUACCACCGCUACCACCACCGUCACAGUCACCCCCGCCACCGAUGGCACUCCCACCAUAGCUACUGCCACUACGACUGGUACGGGUGCUGCACCCAGUGUCGCGGUCACGACGGGCGCGGAGGGCACCGUUACGGCAAGCGUGGUCACGGAGAAUGGCGUGGAGGGGAAGGAGAACGGGGAUGUGAGUAUGGCGGAGGGGGCUGCUGGCACGAAGGAGAAUGGCGUCGCCUCGGUGAAGGCGGUAAAUGGGGAUGCGUCUAUGACUGACGCGAAUGGGGACGCCGAGAAGGUCGAUGGCGCAGAUGUCGUUAUGAGCGAGGCUUAG